AUGACACGUCUCUACUACUCUCUUUUUUUUGCCCUCGCCGCUGUUCUGCCCUCCGUUUCCGCGCACGGAUAUGUUGGUAGUGUGUCCAUCGGUGGCACUGUAUACGCUGGGAGCAUGCCCGGUCACGAUCAAGGUACUAGUCCAAUCCGAACGGUGUCCACCAUUAGCCCCGUAAAGGGCGCUACGAAUCCCGAUUUGAAUUGUGGCAUGGAUGCGCAGCUGGCUGGGAUCGACGCGCCAGCUGCGCCAGGUAGCAACAUCACGAUUCAGUGGGUUGGUGGUGCCACAGGCGAUUCUAAAUGGCCUCACAACACUGGCCCAUUGAUGACAUACAUGGCCUCGUGCGGCGAUAGCUGCACUAGCUUCAACGGAUCUAGUGCUGGUUUCUUCAAGGUUGAUCAGCUGGGCCAGCUCCCCUCGGGCAGUGGCUGGUACCAGGCUGAUAUCUCGCAGGGUGAUUCGUACACGUUCACCCUGCCGGCCGACAUCGCUCCCGGUGCCUAUCUUAUUCGUCACGAGAUCAUCUCACUCCAACUCGCCAAUUCAGAAGGUGGAGCAGAAUUCUACCCUGCUUGUAUCCAAGUGAAGAUCAGCGGCAGCGGAACUGGCACACCUCAGUCCACUGUAACGUUCCCUGGUGCCUACAGCGACACUGAUUCCGGAAUUCUCACUCCCAACGUCUACAACCCCGGAUUUGUCUACGACUUCCCUGGUCCGGCAAUUUCGAACCUCGCAGCAAGUGCCCAGGGCAUCAGCCCCGCAUUGGGCGCUGGUACUUUCGCAUCGGGAACUGGUUCCGCUCCCGCAGCGACACCGUCGGGCACCGGUUCCACUCCCGCAGCGACACCGUCGGGCACCGCUUCCGCCACUUUCGCGGAUCCUUCGGCGUCUUCCACGCCAUCACUCACCGCUUCCGCCCUCCCCAGCGCUUCGUCCAACGCGGCGUCGUGCAAGCUGCGCGCGAGCGCCUCUGCGAACUCUACGGUCAACCGCCGCAGCCACAACCGCAUGAUGCGGCGCAUGCGCCACUCGAGCUGA